CCAAAAUGGCUGCGCCCAUGGAGGAUAUUUCUCUCCUGUAUGUCACGUUUCACCAUGGUAUUAGUAGGACGUAUCCAAUGAUGAAACUUGGUAGCAAUGUGAAAAUAUUUCACUUGCGUUUGUGUUAGAGCCAUAUCAUCACCAGAAUGGAACUUCUUCGGUCGUAUGAUGUCAGUUCAGGAGAGAGUGAUAAAGAGGACGAAAAUGCCAAAGAGACAUCAAACUGUGAAGCAGUGAUUAGGAAGGACAACGUAACAGAGGUUGAAAAAGAAACCAACUAUUUUGGAAUAGAACACAAUAGCAAUCACAGCGAUUACAGUUCAUGUAAUAAGGGUAUCAACCGCACCGAUGGACACUUGGAGAUUGGUGAAUCAGGAGUUGACAUACCAGAUAGUGAUUUCUGGAGAGAACUUACUAGUGAUGAUCUCAAACAAAUAAAGUCUGAUACAAGCAGGACACUGUCAGAAAUACCUGUACAGAAAUUAGGUUCUCCUGCAAAACGGAAGCAUGAUGGGUUGUGUAAAAACAGCUAUCCAGUUAGACCACAACCUUCAAAAGCAACAAAGCAGGUUUAUUCCUCAAAAUCAAAUGAUACUGUAAGCUUGCAAAGAAAAUUGUUUUAUAUUCAUCCUAAAAUCCAACCCAGAAUGCAUACGCUUUCCCACAAUAACCCCCCUGAAAAACUUGACCGGCACAUUGCUGGUCAUGGGGGUGUUGUAAAUCGAGUGAAAUGGAAUAUUCCAUCAUUUAGUCACCUUUUCCUGACAACAAGCAUGGAUUCCUGUGUGAAGAUCUGGAAUGCAUUUUCUGCUGAAAGUGCCUGCAUGAGGAAUCUGAUGCAUCAUGGGAAGGCAGUCAAGGAUGCAGAAUGGAGCCACGAUGGUCGGAACAUACUCAGUUGUAGCUAUGAUCGAAGUGCUGUUCUCACCGAUGUUGAAACAGGAAAGCAAGUGUGUAAACUGGAGCAUGCUGGGUAUGUGACCUGCGGGAAGUUCAACCCUGUGAGGAGAAGUCAAGUGGUGACAGGCUCCACUAACAGUCUACAGCACUGGGACAUUAGAACUCCUCACACUGCAUGUAAGAACUUCCAGUACCAUGAUGACUUGGGGCAGAUGCAGGAUGUGUUGUUCAGUAAAGAUGGGAACCAGUUCUUCACCUGCAGCGAUAUGGUGACCCGGGACUCCGCCGACCGCAACAUCAUGGCCUGGGACUUCAGCUCGGGUGUCCCCCUCUCAAAUCAAAUAUACCAGGAGCGGUAUGCAUGCGUUAGGCUGAAGUUACACCCAACAAGUAGCCACUUCCUAGCCCAGAGUCACGGGGGCUAUGUGGCCCUGUUCUCCACAACUAGGCCCUACAAGAUGGUCAGAUCUAAGAGGUUUGAGGGACACACUUUGCUAGGAUACAGCAUAGGGUUUGAUGUGAGUCGUGAUGGCAGCCUUGUUGUAAGUGGGAGCUCUGAUGGCAAGAUUCACUUCUACGACUUCCAGACUGGCAAGUUGAAGAAGCAGCUGGCUAGUGGCCUUGAUGUGUGUGUGGACGUGAUGUGUCACCCUGUCCUAGCCAGCACUGUUGUGUGUUGUAGCUGGGAUGGAGGCAUCAGGAUAUUCCACUAGACGUGUGUGUGUGUGGAUGUGAUGUGUCACUCUGUCCUAGCCAGCACUGUUGUGUGUUGUAGCUGGGAUGGAGGCAUCAGGAUAUUCCACUAGACGUGUAUGUGUGUGGACGUGAUGUGUCACCCUGUCCUAGCCAGCACUGUUGUGUGUUGUAGCUGGGAUGGAGGCAUCAGGAUAUUCCACUAGAUGUGUGUGUGUGUGUGUGGACGCGAUGUGUCACCCUGUCCUAGCCAGCACUGUUGUGUGUUGUAGCUGGGAUGGAGGCAUCAGGAUAUUCCACUAGAUGUGUGGGAGGAUUUAUACAUUGUUCUGUUUAAUUCCACUGUAUUCACAAUGGAGGAUGCAGGCAACUCUCAGGGACAAGGGAACAGAGCAUCGCUGUAGCAAACAGUGGACUGGAAUACAUUGAGAAUCUCACCCUUGUGACUUCCAGGAUCAAAUAUUUCAAGACUUGUCAAAAGUUUCAAAUAUCCAAGGCUUGAUGAGGAUAUUUUUGUCUCUGAGUCUUGAUAUAUUUGAGCUUGGAACACACAAGGGUGAGAUUCUAUUUAUCAUCCAAACUCAUUCAACAAGUGUAAAUAGUUCAGCUAAAGCUUCCGUGCAGAGAGCUUGGUGAUGUCAUUUGAUUGUGAUGUCAUGGUAACUGAUGGUGUCACAAUGGUCUGCAAAGCUGUACAAUUCCAUUGAUUUCACCCAAGCGAUACCCCUGUGGUAGCCAAUUUUGGAGGAUAAGGGUUGGUUAAGUCGAUUGGUUAAAGCGUUUGCUCGUCACGCCAAAGACCCGGGUUCAGUUCCCGACAUGGGUACAAUGUGUGAAGCCCAUUUCUGGUGUCCCUCGCUGUGAUAUUGCUGGAUUAUUGCAAAAAGCAGCGUAAAACAAUACUCACUUUGGAGGAUAAAAUGAUUGCACCACAUUCUUCAGGACCAAUCAAUACGCAAGUCGAUAUGACUUAUUCUGUGCCUUUAUAGCAAUUGUCUCCUUGAAAACUAGGGUUCGAUUCCCUGCAAAGGAUUUUAACUUGUCGUUGUUGACGACAAUACACCUGAAAGUGAGAGCUCUGCAAUGCAUUAUGAUUCUGCAAAUGGAGAAUGUACUAAACACAAUGGAGGAAAUUCCACAAAUGCAGAGAAAGUAUUCCGUCCUUUCAAGUGGGAUAUAGAAGAUUGUCCAAAAUGAAAUCAGUUAUUUCAUAUGUGAACUGACAUGUUUGUGGGAACUAUAAUCUUUUGCUGCUGAUCACAACUCAAAUUGUUCUUCAUCCAUUUAUCCCAUCAGUGCCUCCCACACUGGACACGUUGCCACUAUCAUCAUGCAAUGUCAACAGAACCAUUCUUUCAUUUGGAAUUCAUCAACAAAUAUGAAGAACAAUUUUAAGAUAAAGUAUCACAGUGUCAGUGCAUACAUCUCAUCAGGUAUGCCACCAAACAAGUACACUAGAUUUUGUCAAUUUUUUGACAUUGGUGAACCAACACGUCACUUCAAGGAUCAAAGUAUCAAGACUCUUUCAUCCGUUAUCUCUGUUCUUCUGCAUGAGAAUAUAAGCAUAGCUCGAUUUGAUGAACUUGCAGCAUCAAGGGACAGCGCAUUAGAUGGGAUGGAAAUUAUGACAGAUGCUAGACAUGGCUGUCGGAAAAACUCGUUUCAUUCUGAUCAUAUUGCACUUGGACAUUUGACUCAUAAAGUUAUUGAUCAUCAACUGAUAACUAAAUCAGAUGAGCGUUUUUCCCAAAAACAUGAACUUGUGGGAUGUGAAAACAUGUACCAGUCAUUUGAAGAACACAACAUUCCUGUUGUCAGUCAUGUACAUGACCGAAAUGCAUCCAUAAAUAAAUUAAUAUCUUCGAACACAUCAGCCCCAUGUGCAAAACUGCAAUGACAAGUGGCACUGUGCGAAAUCUGUCUCAAAAUGCUUUCGCAAAAUAUCGAAUGGUCGCGUUUGUGACAAAUUGAAAACAUGGCACCCAGAACUUGUAGACAAAGGAUCAAUGGUUAAAAACCAUUUUUAUUGGUCAAUGGACAACUGCCAAAGAGAUCCACAAUGUCUCCAACAACUUCUUUUAUCAUGUGUAAUGCACUUCCAGAACAACCAUCAUACAAGCCACGAGGAUUCUGAAUGUAGAACAGAAGACUAUGUUCCAGAAUGGAGAAUUAAAACGGACCCAGUUGCAGUAGAACUAUUGACAAAAUUCAUCAAAGCACAACAGAUUUUGGACUAUAUUUUGGGUUACAGCACGUUUUAUGUAGAGUCUUUUAACAAUGCAUGUUUAGCAUAUCUGGACAAGAGAAUACAUUAUAAAACACUAAUGUACAAAACAAGAAUGAGCCUGGCUAUUUUAGACUGGAAUGAACAUGUGGACAGACCUUUCUCGUCUAGAUACCAGCGACUCAGAGUACAACAUCCAAACAGAAGCACUGGGAAAAAAUGUUACACGCAGAAAAGUUUUAAAUUUGUGGACAAAAUUUGGAUACUACUACAGACGGUUAAUUCUGAAGAUGAUAUGCCAGCAGAGAAUAACCUGAGUUACAGUGAUAUUGAUGAUGAGAGAGAAAGCGCUUCAGAUGAAGAGAUUGACUAUAAUCAGUGAGGACUUACAUGGACCUGUGACAAACUGAUCACCUAAUUCUAUCUUGAUCCUAUGUAAAUAUCAGUAUGAAGUAUGUGAAUAUACACAAGUCAUAUAAAUAUUUGUGUUUUUUUUAUGAGUAAAAAACAUCGCUAAUAUUACAGGCAGGAUAUUAGAUUAUUUAAUUUAUGGCCAGUUGAUAUAAAUUGGAAAUUUGUACAUAUUUUAAGCUCUCUUUUAGAUGAUGUGAUGUGCUUCUCAUUUAAUAACAUUUUGAUAUUCUUAAUGUUUUGGAUACUUUUUCCAUACCUAAGAGUUGAUUUUUUAUCUCGAAUUUUCGAGUUAUGGAAGAUGUCUUAUGUUUAUGUAUAUGUAUCAUAACAGAAGUGGUAUAAGUAGGAAUUUAGUGUAUAAGUAGUUGUAUAUUUGCAAUGACAAAUGUAUAUUGUCGGAAUCCUAGAUGCUAUUUUGAGACAUUGUUCAUUAUAAUGCCGACAUACCAAUAUUUAUUUACCGGUACUAUUGUAUACUUAUUUCCAGUAUAAAGCUGGGAUAAUAAACAAUUUUAAUUUAUUGUAGAAGUAGUACUUUACUUAGACAUAAUGACAUGUUUAAAUAU